CCCGUUGAAGGUCCGUCAUAGAAGCAGUGCUUAUGAACAUUCUUUUACAUUCCAUCGAUUGUAAUUUGCUUUCUUCAUCCCAAUCGAUACAAAACCAAAUGCAAUCCUGUUUUCAAAUCCCUCAAUCUAUCUCCUCCUAAACGAAAGUUUCCUGCUUUUAGGGAUUAUUUUCGUUAGCUUACCAAUCUCCUCCUAAUGAACCCUCCGCCUCUGCUUCCACGUCACGUAGCCGCGGUUAUAAAAUGCCAGAGGGAUCCAAUGAAAGCGUUACAGAUCUUCAACUCGAUGAAAAAGGAGGAAACUUUCAAGCACACUCUAUCCACCUACCGCAGCGUGAUCGAAAAGCUCGGCCUUUUCGGUAAAUUCGACGCCAUGGAGCAGGUUUUAGUGGAUCUGCGGCGGAACAUCGGCAACCAUAUGCUCGAAGGUGUCUACGUCGGUGUGAUGAAAAGCUACGGUAAGAAAGGGAGAGUUCAAGAAGCUGUUAACGUCUUCGAAAGGAUGGAUUUUUAUGACUGCGAGCCGACUGUUUUCUCUUACAACGCUAUCAUGAGUGUGUUGGUUGACGGUGGGUACUUUGAUCAGGCUCACAAGGUGUAUAUGAGGAUGAGGGACAGAGGGAUAACGCCUGAUGUGUACUCGUUUACGAUUAGGAUGAAGUCGUUUUGUAAAACCGGUAGGCCUCACGCUGCGUUGAGGCUUCUUGGUAACAUGUCUUCUCAGGGGUGUGAGGUGAGUGCGGUUGCGUAUUGCACGGUGGUUGGUGGGUUUUUUGAGGAGAGUUUGAAGGUGGAGGCGUUUGAGCUGUUUAGGAAGAUGCUUGGAGCAAAUGUUUCUCUUUGCGUUAGUGCGUUUAAUAAGGUUGUGCACGUUCUUUGCAAGAAGGGAGAUGUUGAGGAGUGUGAGAAGCUGUUGGAGAAAGUUAUUAAAAGAGGCGUGUUACCGAAUCUGUUUACUUAUAAUUUUUAUAUUCUGGGGCUUUGUCAGAGAGGUGAGCUUGAUGCUGCUGUUCGUACGGUGGGUUGUCUGAUAGAGAAUGGACCAAAGCCUGAUGUUGUCACGUAUAACAAUCUAAUAUGUGGUUUAUGCAAGAGUGCUAAGUUUCAGGAGGCGGAGUUUUACUUAGGGAAGAUGGUGAACCAAGGGCUUGAGCCUGAUGGUUUUACCUAUAACACGUUAAUAGCUGGCUAUUGUAAAAGUGGAACGGUGCAGCUUGCGGAAAAGAUUCUAGGUAACGCUGUUUUCAACGGGUUUGCGCCUGAUGAGUUUACAUACCGCUCAUUGAUUGAAGGACUGUGCCACGAAGGCGAAACGAACCGUGCUUUAGCCUUGUUUAACGAGGCCUUGGGGAAGGGAAUAAAGCCUAAUGUGAUUCUUUACAACACGCUGAUCAAAGGGUUGUCUAAGCAUGGUUUGAUCCUGGAGGCUGCUCAGUUAGCGACUGAAAUGUCUGAGAAGGGUUUGGUCCCCGAGGUGCAGACUUUUAACAUACUGGUGAAUGGAUUGUGCAAGAUGGGAUGCGUUAAUGAUGCUGCUGGUCUUGUGAAAGUCAUGAUCUCCAAAGGGUACUUUCCUGACGUUUUCACGUUCAAUAUCUUGAUUCAUGGUUACUCUGCAGAGCUGAAAAUUGAAAAGGCGCUUGAGAUGUUGGAUGUUAUGAUAGACAAUGGCGUUGUUCCUGACGUGUAUACUUACAACUCUUUGUUGAAUGGUCUCUGCAAGACGUCUAAGUACGAAGACGUGAUGGAGACGUAUAAAACGAUGGUGGAGAAAGGUUGUGGUCCUAACGUAUUCACGUUUAAUAUACUUCUGGAGAGUCUGUGCAGAUACAAGAAACUAGAUGAAGCCUUGGGGUUGCUUGAGGAAAUGAAAAGGAAAAGUGUGGAGCCAGAUGCUGUUACGUUUGGAACUUUAAUCGACGGGUUCUGCAAAAACGGAGACUUGGAUGGAGCAUACAAGUUGUUACGGAAGAUGGAAGAGGUUUAUGAGGUUUCAAGCUCAACGGCGACGUAUAACAUCAUCAUCCGUGCUUACACUGAGAAGUUAAAUGUUGCUAUGGCCGAAAAGCUUUUCCGAGAGAUGGUUGGUCGUUGUCUUGUGCCUGAUGGAUACACGUACCGGGUUAUGGUUGAUGGUUAUUGCAAAACGGGGAAUGUUGAGUUGGGGUACAGGUUUUUGAUGAGGAUGAUGGAAGAUGGGUUUGUUCCAUCGCUCACAACGCUUGGGCGUGUGAUAAACUGUCUUUGCGUGGAGGAUAGAGUUUAUGAGGCUGCUGGUAUUAUCCAUCGGAUGGUUCAGAAAGGGGUGGUACCUGAGGCUGUGAAUACUAUUUUUGAUUUUGACAAAAGGGAGGUGGCUGCUCCUAAGCUUGUCUUGGAGGAUCUGUUGAAGAAGGGGUGUAUUACGUAUUAUGCUUAUGAGCUUCUCUUUGAUGGCCUUAGAGAUAAAAGGCUACGCAAGAAAAAGGGUUUCACAGUUGUAGCCAUAUGAAUCUGAUGCAGUGGCUUAACAUCAAUGUGUAUUAAGUGGCAAUAGAGCAUGGAGAUACCACAAACGCUUUAUUUAGUCUCAUUCUCAUACAUUAGUAGCUGCUACAAGUCCAAAAUGGAUGUCUCAGGGAAUUAUUUUUUUACUUUCAAAGCCUGCUGGAGAUGCUCUUGUCUACACUUCUGGAGAAAGGUCACCAACCUAUCAUGUGGCACUUCGACUUCUUUGAUCACAGGCAGCUGUUGCAGCUGCUCUAUCCAGUUGUAUAAAGUUGGAGUGUUCACUGGAUCGAUUAUCUCUACACCUAUUGCUUCAUGAACAGCUUUGUAGACUCCAAAACUAGCGAU